AUGGCUCCAUCUGCCACCGAGACGCCCCAAACCGCGGCUGAGAGUGUUCAGCCGACAGUGGUUGAGGCAUCGGAGGUGCAAGAGGAGCAGCUGCCCGAGCUGCGAACCGGGCACAAAGAACCCCUCCAACUGAGCGGCGCCCUGGAUAAGUAUGAGCACUUCGAAGUGACCCCCGUGAUCGGGCGCGAGUACGUCGACGUCAACCUCGUCGAGUUGCUAAGAGCUCCCAACUCGGACGAACUGCUCCCAGGCGUCGUGUUCUUCCGGGAGCAAGACGACGUGACCAACGACAUCCAGAAGGAGCUGGUCCAGCGCCUGGGCGAGCUCAGUGGCAACCCGGCCACCUCCAAGCUGCACAUCCACCCCAUCAACAAUGCCGGCCGGGGCGACGACAAGGAUGACGAGAUCAGUGUCAUCUCGUCGGUGCGGCAGAAGGAGCUGUACCUGGAUUGCUUCCUCAACUAUACCAAGAAGCAGAGCCAGAAGACGCAGUGGCAUUCGGACAUUACCUUUGAGCCGAUUCCUAGCGACUAUGCUCUCCUCCGUCUGACGCAGCUGCCGAAGACGGGCGGCGCGCCGCUGCAAAAGUUCCUGGAGACACUAACGGCGACAUACGCGCAACCCGGGUUCAACCGAGCCGCCGAGCGCAACGAGUUCCAGAUCUACAGCGGCGAGCGCGGCGCGCCGGAAAACGUCGGCGAGGUGCUGGAGGCGAUCCACCCGGUAAUCCGGACGAACCCGGUCACGGGCUGGAAGAGCGUCUUCGCGGUAGGCCACCACGUCCAGAAGAUCAACGGGCUGAGAGACGACGAGUCCAAGCACUUCCUCGACUGGUUCGUGCGGCUGGUGGUCGACAACCACGACCUGCAGGUGCGGUACAAGUGGCAGAACGCCAACGACCCGGGCUUGGGCGAGAAGCAGGGCGCGCGGUCUGUCAGUCUGGGUGAGCGGCCGUAUUUUGACCCGCAAAGCACUAGCAGGCGCGAGGCUCUCAGGGACCAGGCUAUCGCUCUUGUGCGAGAGAAGGGGAUUGAGGCGCUGCAGGUGUAG